AUGAUUUUGUGGGCAUGGGAGCGUUUAUCACACAGUCGGCCACAAAAAUUACUCCCACGUGACCCAUUACCUUAUGCAGUACCAAAUGAAGCAGAUGCACAUGUGGAGGUCGGCCCAACAGAUGGUUUUGCACCUACACCGGCACAUGAUCCUGCACCACAUGUCGCAGCACAUGAUGACCUUCCUACAGGGCCUCGUGGGUGUAGUUGGGAUGUUGCAUGA